AUAUUAACAGAGAGAGAUGGAAAUGGAGCUGGAGAUUGAGUAAGAGAAAAUAAAGCAUGCUCAUGCUUUGUCGGCCAUCUCUCUCUCUAUCAUAUCCUACCAUUUACACAAAGGUGAGAUUUUCUAAAUCAUUACGUGCAAAGACUGAAAACGAAACCAAUUACUUAUUGGUUCCUGGGCUCCUAAUAAUAAUUAUGAUAUUGAAGAAAGUUAAUAGUCAUUGCAUUUCAACUUGACUUUGAGUCUAUCGAAACAAGCUAAAUAUCCUCUUAUUCCUUCAAUGUAUCUCUCUUUCUGUCAAAACUUUGAGCCUUUUAUUGUAAUAUAAUUUCUGAGAGGUUUGUAACUUUCCUGCUUCUUUCCCAGAAAGUUGAUUGUUUUUUCUUAGUUGGCUGCUUCUUUUCCUAUUGGCUAUCAACUCAAAGAGGUAUGUUCAGUCUUAAGUGUCAUCUUGAUCAAUAGUUUAAUAGUCUUUUUCUAUGCUAUAGGAUUGUCCAUUGUUUAUCUGUUCUUGAAAAUUUUGAAUUCCAUUGCUUCUCAUGUCCAUGUGUAAACUUGAUAAAUAUGACCAGCUCUUUCAGCCCUCUUUGUAAAAAUCUGAUCUUUAUAAGAGCGUUUUUUAUUUGGGUGUAGUUCAUUUUUAGGUCUAAUGUUUGAUUCUUAAUGUGAAUGCAACAUCCGGGUAUGUGUUAUUUUCAGUUGGUUUUGAUGAAUAUGGAGAGAAUAUCAUAUAGGAGGUUAGCUGUGUUUGUUCUUGUCAUUACCCUUCUGGUUCAUCAAACCAAAGGGCUUAACAUUGAAGGUCAACAUCUUCUUGAUAUAAAGAGUAAACUUGGUGACAAAUUCAAAAAUCUGGGUAAUUGGAACCCCAAUGACUCCGCUCCUUGUGGAUGGAUAGGUGUUAAUUGCACCAAUGAUUCUAAUGAUCCUGUUGUUUGGUCUCUUGACUUGAGCUCCAUGAAUCUUUCUGGUUAUUUGUCUCCAAGCAUUGGUGGAUUAGUUCAUCUGACUCAUCUUAAUCUUUCUUUUAAUGAGUUGUCAAGGAGUAUACCAAAAGAGAUUGGAAAUUGUUCAAGUUUGGUGGUUCUCACUUUGAACAAUAAUAAGUUUGAAGCCAAUAUUCCUAAACAAUUGGGCAAACUUUCUUUUCUAACAACCUUAAAUAUUUACAACAAUAGAUUAUCCGGUCCUUUUCCGAACGAGAUUGGAAAUCUUUCUUCCUUGUCACAGUUGGUGGCAUAUAGUAACAAUAUUAGUGGAUCAUUGCCGCGAUCUUUGGGGAAUUUGAAGAGAUUGAUAAGUUUUCGAGCGGGACAGAAUUUGAUAUCUGGAAGUUUGCCUCCAGAAAUAGGUGGAUGUGAGAGUUUGGGGUUACUUGGUCUUGCACAAAAUUCUUUAACUGGUGAAGUACCAAAAGAGAUUGGAAGGCUCAAGAGUUUGACAGAUAUGAUCCUUUGGGGUAAUCAGCUUUCGGGGGAUGUUCCUAAGGAGCUUGGCAAUUGUUCCAGUUUGGAGAUUGUUGCUCUCUAUGAUAACAAGCUUGUGGGAGCAAUACCCAAGGAGCUUGGAAACCUCAAGUCUCUCAAGAAUUUAUACAUUUACAGAAAUGGGUUGAAUGGAACAAUUCCUAGGGAGAUUGGGAAUCUUUCUUUGGCAACAGAGAUUGAUUUCUCGGAGAAUGAGUUGACUGGAAGGAUACCAGUUGAGUUUUGUAGGAUAUCAGGUUUGCAGCUGCUUCAUCUCUUCGAGAACCAGCUUACCGGUGUUAUACCAGUGGAGCUCACUGCUCUGAAGAAUUUGACGAAGCUCGAUCUCUCAAUAAAUCUUCUCACUGGUGCAAUUCCUUCAGGGUUCCAGUAUAUGACGAAACUGGAUUCUUUGCUGCUAUUCAACAACUCACUUAUUGGUAGCAUUCCUCAAGGUCUUGGAGUUUAUAGCCAAUUGUGGCUGCUUGAUUUGUCCAUUAACUCCUUAACAGGAAAGAUCCCGCGUAAUUUGUGCAAAAAUGGUAAUCUGUCCUUUUUGAACUUGGGAUCUAACAAGCUAACUGGAAACAUCCCAACUGGGGUCACAAACUGCAAAACAUUGUUGCAGCUUCGUCUUGCUGGGAACAGCUUUACUGGGAGUUUUCCAUCCAACUUAUGCAAAUUGGAAGAUCUCUAUGCAGUUGAAUUAGACCAAAACAAGUUAAGUGGCUCGAUACCUUCUGGCAUUGGAAAAUGCUAUGCUUUGCAAAGACUGCAUCUUUCAGAUAACUAUUUCACAGAUGAAUUGCCAAGAGAGGUUGGUAACCUCUCCAAUCUAGUGAUCUUAAAUGUCUCAUCAAAUUUUCUCAAUGGAAGGAUACCAACAGGAAUUUUUAAUUGCAAGAUGCUUCAAAGACUUGAUCUCAGCCGAAAUAAGUUUUCAGGUGCUCUGCCACCAGAGAUAGGAUCGCUCUCGCAAUUGGAGCUUCUCAAGCUCUCUGAGAAUGAACUCUCUGGUAAUGUACCUGUGCAGCUAGGAAAUCUCUCCCGUUUGACUGAGUUACAAAUGGGUGGCAACUCAUUUUCUGGUGGCAUACCUGCUGAGUUGGGUGGCCUUUCAAGCUUGCAGAUUGCAUUGAACCUCAGUUACAACAAUCUCUCUGGGGCAAUACCUCCUGAACUUGGGAACCUUGUUUUGCUCGAAUACCUCCUACUAAACAACAACAAUUUGUCUGGUGAAAUCCCAGAAUCCUUUCAGAAGCUGUCAAGCUUACUUGGAUGCAACUUUUCCGACAAUGAUUUGAUUGGGCCUAUACCUUCCUUGCCGCUCUUCCAGAACAUGCCUGUUACCAGCUUCUCUGGCAAUAAAGGGCUUUGUGGAAAACAUCUUCGUGAAUGUAAUCCACCAACAUCUUCUCUCCCUUUCCCGCAGGACACCAGCAAUAAAAGUACCCGGUUAGGUAAAAUUGUUGCUAUUACUGCAGCGGUUAUUGGUGGAGUUUCUCUAGUUUUAAUUGUAGUCAUCAUAUAUUUCAUGAGGCAUCCUGUUGAAACAGUAACUCCUUUGCAAGACAAACCAACAUCUUCGACAGUUUCAGACAUUUACUUUCCCCCAAAAGAAGGAUUCACUUUCCGGGACUUGGUUGUGGCCACUGACAAUUUUGAUGAGAGAUUUGUUAUUGGAAGUGGAGCCUGUGGUACUGUGUACAAAGCAAUUUUGCGUAAUGGUCUUCAAAUCGCUGUUAAGAAGCUAGCGUCCAACAGAGAGGGCAACAACAAUGUGGACAACAGUUUCCGUGCUGAAAUUCUAACUCUGGGAAGAAUCAGGCAUCGGAAUAUUGUGAAGCUAUAUGGUUUCUGCUACCACCAAGGUUCCAAUCUUCUCCUCUAUGAGUACAUGGAAAAUGGAAGCUUGGGAGAAUUGCUUCAUGGAGCAUCUUGUAGCCUUGAUUGGCAGACAAGGUUCAUGAUUGCAUUGGGGGCUGCUGAAGGACUUUCUUAUUUGCAUCAUGAUUGCAAGCCUAGGAUUUUUCACCGCGACAUAAAGUCCAAUAACAUACUUCUUGAUGAUGUUUUUGAAGCUCACGUUGGGGAUUUUGGAUUAGCAAAAGUGGUUGACCUGCCACAGUCAAAAUCUAUGUCCGCUAUUGCAGGUUCUUAUGGCUACAUUGCUCCUGAGUAUGCAUACACCAUGAAAGUUACCGAGAAAUGUGACAUUUAUAGCUAUGGAGUUGUCCUACUGGAGUUGUUGACUGGCAGAACACCUGUGCAGCCACUAGACCAAGGUGGUGACCUUGUAACAUGGGUGAGGAAUUACAUUCGGAACAAUUCAAUAUUAUCUGGAAUACUUGAUGCUCGUCUAAAUCUACAAGACGAAAAAAUCUUCGCUCACAUGAUUAUUGUCUUAAAAAUUGCAAUGCGCUGCACUAAUAUCUCACCUUUGAAAAGGCCAACAAUGCGAGAAGUUGUUUUUUUGCUGAACGAAUCAAGUAAGCGCGAGGUAAACGUUGAUUCCUCGGCCAGCGACGACAAUGUUUCCUCCCCUAGUCAUGAUACAUAUUUCAAUGACGAAUCCGGAUAAUAGGUCAAUAAAUUUGAGUUAACCGGGAUGAUGUUUUUAGUAUCUCAUUCAUCCUUGUAUUAUUUACAAAACGUAGCAGAAAACUGCCUUUGUACAUCCCUUAAGAAAUAAUAUCAGUAGCCGCUAU